GUGGGGGAAAAGGCCCCGGAACGAGGCCGGCCCGCGCUGGCCCGCGCUCCCCUGCUCCCCGCGGCCGCACUCACCCGCUCCGGAAUCGGCCCUGUUGCCCCCGCCCGCGCUCCAGAGCCGGCUGAGAACGGCAGCGGCGCGGGCUCCACGUGCAGCGUCUCUCCGGGUAAGACCUGCAGCUCCCACGACUCGAAGUGUGAGGCCCCCGGGCCCUUCCCGCGGAAUCGGCGCAGUGAAACCCCAACCCCCCUCCCGCCUCCCAGGCACCCCCGGGUCCAGGACUACAACUCCCAGCAGGGUGCGCGAAACAAACGCCCACGGCAACGGAGUCCUCACGAGACAGAGAAGCACAACGCUCCAAUCCGCUUUUUUUUACAAUCUCACUUUCCCUGCACAAUCAUACACCUCAACAGCCCUAAGGAACAGGACCCUGACUCGGAGGGGAGCUUGAACUAGGGGUAAAAGGCCAGUCAGGGUGCGCAUGCGUACUGAACAAGGUUUCCAAGAGGAAAAAAGAGCGGGUCAACUUAGGCGGAGGAAAGAUGGCGGAGGCUUCGCCAGGGGACCCGGAAGCACUUACCCUCCACUUCCUCCUCCUCUUUGGCUUCUGUCUCACCUAGAGCUGUCCGGUCGCAGACUAUCUCCGAGACGCUUCCUGUCCGGUGAGCGCCGACCGACUGAAACGGUGGCCCAUAAUGCAUAGCGACGGCGGGUAGGCGUGGGAGGGGCGGAGCCAGGGCCGGAAGUAGAACGGUGGCGGCGGCGGUGGCUUUGGCAGCUCGGGACUGAGUGCAAGAAUCACCAUGAUUCUUCAGAGGCUCUUCAGGCUCUCCUCUGUCAUUCGAUCGACACUCUCAGUCCAUUUGAGGAGGAACAUCGGUGUUACAGCAGUGGCAUUUAAUAAGGAACUUGAUCCUGUACAGAAACUCUUCGUAGACAAGAUUAGAGAAUACAGAUCUAAGCGACAGGCAUCUGGAGGACCUGUUGAUACUGGCCCAGAGUAUCAGCAAGACCUAGAGAAGGAGCUUUUUAAGCUUAAGCAAAUGUAUGGUAAAGCAGAUAUGAAUACGUUCCCUAACUUCAAAUUUGAAGAUCCUAAAUUUGAAAUCAUCGAAAAACCUCAGGCCUGAAGAAAUAAAGUAAAAUUAAUCUGAUAAAUUAUCAUGAAUUAGUUGUACAACUAAUCAGAAGUUUCAGAAUAAACAUACAUUUCACAACUGUCAAAUGUUCUUUUAAUUCUGAUUCCAAAUAAAUUAUUUGGUAAUGUU